CUCUUUACUCGUUAAACCCUCAACCCCCAAAUCCCCAGACUCUGUCAUCACACAGUCCAUUGAAGUCGGAUCACCUCAAAUGGCGUUCAUCUCCGCCUUCCGCCGCAUCCACGGCGGAUCUUCCUCCGCUCUCCAUUCCCAAUUCGCAGCCAUUCGUCACAAUUCAACUCUCACAUCCCCCAGGCUGUUCAUCAGCGGUCUCUCGAGAUUAACAACAGACGAAAAGCUUAGAGAGGCAUUUUCCCCAUUUGGGCAGAUUGUAGAUGCGAAAGUGGUUAUCGAUAGGGUGUCUCAAAGAUCAAAGGGUUUUGGUUUCAUUACAUACGCAUCAGUUGAAGAAGCCGAGAAAGCUAGAGAAGGGAUGAAUGCCAAGUUCUUGGAUGGGUGGGUUAUUUUUGUCGACCCUGCCAAACCUAGGGAGCCUAGAUUUCCUCCUCCUCCGCAAGCACAGCAGGACCCUUCUGAAACCGGCUUCAGAUCAAACAAGACCAUCGGAUGGUGUGGAUGAUGGCUGCAUUAGUUACUUCGGUUUAAUCUCAUUGUGAUGAAAAGGAGGGCAGUUUAAACGCUGUAAACUCUCUGGUUAUUUGUAUUGAGAAAUACGAAACACUUACUAGGUGAAUGAAUUAUUGGAAGUGCUAUUGAUACAUUAAAUUUCCCUUGAU